UUGAUCCAACAUCUCUGCACUGGGUGUAUAGGGCGAAUGGAUACGGGAAAAUGCAGUGAAAAUAUGUAAUUCAGCGCAUUUUCAAUGUUUUAACAAUUGCGAUGAGGGAAAGAAAGUAUGAGAGGGUGGAUUUUAUCUUGUGCCGCUGCGGAGUAUGGGCCGUUAUCUUGAGAGAAAUGCGGAGUAUUUUUCCCCAUAGGUGUUAACGCAGAAAAUACAAGAUGAAGAAGCAAUUCAAUCGAAUGCGACAACUCGCCAACCAAACGGUGGGCAGGGCAGAAAAAACUGAAGUGUUAAGCGACGAUCUUCUGCAGGUGGAGAAGCGGUUGGACCUGGUCAAACAGGUGACCCACAGCACUCACAAGAAGCUGACCGCCUGCCUGCAGGGCCAGCAAGGGGCUGAAGAGAGAGAGAAGAAAUCCGUCAAGUCUCCCUCGAAAAAGCUUCCACUAACCAUCCUGGCACAAUGUAUGGUAGAAGGAGCUGCUGUGUUGGGGGACGACUCUCUACUAGGGAAGAUGCUGAACCUGUGUGGGGAGACAGAGGAGAAGCUGGCCCAGGAACUGAUUCAGUUUGAGUUCCAGAUAGAGAAAGAUGUGGUGGAGCCUCUCUAUGAGCUGGCUGAGGUGGACAUUCCCAACAUCCAGAAACAGAGGAAACAUUUAGCCAAGCUGGUCCUGGACAUGGACUCUGCUCGCACACGUCAAGGUUACAAGUCCUCCAGUCACCCGAGCAACCUGCAGGCGGGCGGGGCCAAGGGGGAGGCCCUCAGAGAGGAGAUGGAAGAGGCAGCCAAUAGGAUGGAGAUCUGCAGGGAUCAACUAUCAGCGGAUAUGUAUAAUUUUGUGGCCAAAGAAAUAGACUAUGCAAACUACUUUCAGACGCUCAUAGAGAUCCAGGCAGAAUAUCACAGGAAGUCUCUAGAGAUCCUCCAGAGUGUCCUGCCCACCAUUAAGGCUCACCAGGAGGCGUGGGUGGAGAAGCCUUCGCUUACACAAGGUCUGUUCAGAGUUGCUCCCUCGGCCUCCAAGCUGAAGAAGCUGAAGGCCUCCCUGGACUGUGGUGUUAUGGACGUACAGGAGUAUUCAGCUGACCCCCACGCCAUCGCAGGGGCUCUGAAAUCAUACCUCCGUGAGCUUCCAGAGCCACUGAUGACCAGUGAACUUUACGAGGACUGGAUUCAGGCGUCAAAUAUUCAGGAUAUGGACAAGAGACUACAAGCUCUGCUGGCGGCGUGCGAAAAACUACCAACUGACAACUUCAACAACUUCAGAUACUUAAUCAAGUUCCUAGCCAAGCUAGGAGAUUAUCAGGACUCCAACAAGAUGACUCCUGGUAACAUGGCCAUAGUUCUGGGUCCCAACCUGCUCUGGACCCACUCCAACGAGAGUGGGAACAUGACAGAGAUGAUGACCACAGUGUCUCUUCAGAUAGUGGGGAUCAUAGAACCCAUCAUACAGCACGCUGACUGGUUCUUCCCUGGAGAUAUUGAGUUUAAUCUGACGGGCUGCUACGGCAGUCCUGUCCACACCAACCACAACUCAAACUACAGCUCCAUGCCUUCGCCAGACAUGGACCAAUCAGAACGCAAGCUGCCGCAUGACCAUGGCAGACGCCCACUCAGCGUUGCCACUGACAACAUGAUGCUGGAAUUCUACAAGAAGGAUGGCAGCAUAAGGAAAAUACAAAGUAUGGGUGUCCGGGUGAUGGACACGUCCUGGGUGUCCCGUAAGGGUUCGUCCACCCUGGCCCGUAAGGCCUCGUCCACCCCUCCCAGUGUCCAGGGUCCUGGCUCCCCUGCUGACCACUCCCUCAUCCUGGAGCAGCCUGGAGAGCUGGCCCAGUCUCCUUCACCCCCACCUCAACCUGGGGAGAGGGACCGGAUCGGCUCAGACGACGUGUCGCCCAAUCGUCCGGACUCCUCUCAUGUCUACCCUCCCCCUGGGCCAGGGGAGGAGCGGCCGCCCCCUCCCUACCCCACCUCCACCCUACCCCACCCCGCCCCCCACCACUUCUACCCCCACCCCAAGGUCCUACCCUGUCCUCGCCCCGUGGCCCCAGGGCCAGAGUCCCAGCCCCCCGGCUCCCCUCCUCUCCCGCUGCGAUGGUCUGGCUUCACCCCCCCUCUCCCGCCUCCCACCUCCUCCUCUUCCUCCUCCUCUUCCUCGCUUGACAUCAACUCGAACCCCAAGCCCAGCUGCCUGCAUUUCCCCUCCAAACACGUCCUCCCGCACGGCCACCCGCUGCCAGGUGACACGUCGCUGCCCCCUCAUGCUCCCCUGCCCCCCGAUAUGGGUAAGGCCUCGCCCCUCUACAUGAAAACCCCCUUGGUACUGGCCCGUCAUGACCUGUCCCUGGGCAUGAGCAUGGGCAACCCCCCUAGCUUGCUGUCCUCCGCCCCCCCGCUGUGGGCUACAUGUCCCUGUGCCAGAGAGAGAGGACUCCCCAGGCUGACUAGUACACUGAGGAGUAAGGAGAGCUCUCCAGUGAUUGGUCACAAGGGGGUGCAGGUGGCAGGUCCGACGGUGCCCCCUGGUGUUGGCCAGCAGAGCUGCAGCCAGUCGCCCCACUCCACAGAACACAGCCCACACACCAUGCGCAAAGGCUCUAAGAAGCCGGCCCCUAUCCCUCCAAAGGUUCCAGCUGGGUAUGGCCAGUCGGGUGGUUCUGGUGGGAUUUCGGACCAGUCCACAGGUCAGCCGUCGCCGGUCAGCCUGUCCCCCACCCCUCCGAGCACCCCCUCGCCUUAUGGACUGGCCGGUCCCCCACAGGCCCCUGGAGGACUAGGGGCCUCCUCCCCUGGUCAGACCCCUCUCUGUGGUUCCCUAGGGUCCCUGGGGUCCCUGUCCUCGCCCCCUUCUCUGACCGGCACGCUGGGCAAGUCUCGGCCCACCCCUAAGCCUCGGCAGAGGCCCAGCCUGCCCCCUCCUCAGCCGCCCACCGUUCCUCAGCCGGGGGCCACCCCUGUUGGCCCUGGGCCCCUGGAGCAGGGCAUCCUGGACGGACUGUCCCCCGGGGAGAGCAUGUCCACAGAUUACUUCAAUUAUGAAAUCCCCUCCAUCAAUGUGAACCUGGACAGCCUCAUCGAUGAGUUCAGCGGUGCUGCCCCCUGCAGGCGCUACGGAGCGGUGACACACUCUCCUCCCCCGCGGAGAGACGAUAACCCCGACCACGACCCCUACGCUGAGGACGACGAACCCCAGGACACCACCUUAUGACAUCGUUACCCUGAGACAGCCCUAUGAUGUGACAUCAUCAGAGCUUGCCCGAGGCCGGCACCGUGGCACUCCUACAUCCAGCUAGCUGUACAUACUGUUAGACUGUAAUGCUCGCUCGCUCACACCGCACUGCCACUACGCUCACAGACAAACACGAACAAACAAAGCUUCUUCUUAUACACCACAAUGCUCACCUGACCUUUGACCUGAAACUCCAGGUCUGAACCAUGACCUCUGACCUGGAACUCCAGGACUGAACCUUGACCUCUGACCUGGAACUCCAGGACUGAACCUUGACCUCUGACCUGAAACUCCAGGACUGAACCAUGACCUCUGACAUGGAACUCCAGGACUGAACCUUGACCUCUGACCUGGAACUCCAGGACUGAAUCCCCCCCCCCUCACAUUAUGCUAUACCUGCAGGCUGCAAGCAAAACUCAUCUCUUAGAAAUACUACGCAAAUAGUAAUGUAAACUCAAUGUGAGCAAACAACAACACACCAUAUGCCAUAUAGAGGAGGACCAGUUGCCUUUGGAAGGAAGAAGACAUAUGGAUUAUAUGGAGGAGUAUUAAAUGCCAUGUUCAGUAUUAUA